UGGAGCCUGUCAAUCAUCUCUCAUGAAUGAAAUCUUUUCUACAACUGUGGCCACUUCCACUUGACAUUUAUGAUGUAAAAAGAAACGGCUAACAGAAACAGAAAAAAAAAAAAAAAAAAAAAGAGAGAGAGGAAAAAGCUCUCAACUUUUGAGCGCUUUCACGAGACGUCCCUGAAAUCUCUGCUUUGAAUUCAUCAAGCAGCCUAAUCACUUGGAAAUAAGCCGUUCAAAUCUCUUCCUUCUCUGCUUUUUCAUGAAUUUCUUUUCCAUCAAUGAAGCCCCAUAACAUGAACAUAUUUUCCCCAUCAAACUGUAUCCAUUUUUCUAUUACAUGUGUCCAAGAACUAUGAGGGAAUCUCGUUUUCAUUUCCCAAGUAAAUAACUUUCCAAAUGGAAACUUCUCUUUUGACUAACUCUCUCUGUUUUUUUCUCUCAAGAACUUUGUAUUUUUUUUCAUUUAGUCCUUGUUGUGAUCGAUUCAUGAAAACCCAUCUUUCCUUUCAAUUUUUCUACGGAACCCAUGUUUUUGAAUCAGUUCAUGCGCUUUCUAAAAUCAAUUCACACAUUCAGAAGGAAAUUUCCUUUUGAUUGUUUGUUUUGACCCGCAUAAUAUCAAGCAUAACAACAAACACCCCCACGUCACAUCAAGUUAUACAGAAAGAAAAGCUGCUUCAAAUGGCGAGUUCAUGUUUCCAUGCAUUUCGCCUUAGAAGAUCAAAGAGCAAACCAUUAACAAUUCCUUCCUCAUCGAAAACGUACUUGAACUCUGACAUGGAGAACAUGGAGAAGAAGAGAUUUGACAGCCUGGAAUCAUGGUCAAUGAUAUUGGAGUCUGAGAAUUUGGAGGCCUGGGAAGCAUCAAAGGAGGACCAAGAGGAAUGGACUGCUGACCUUUCGCAGCUGUUUAUAGGUAACAAGUUUGCCUCUGGGGCUCAUAGUAGGAUUUAUCGAGGAAUAUAUAAGCAGAGAGCUGUUGCUGUGAAAAUGGUGAGAAUUCCAAACCAAAAUGAGGAGACUCGAACUUUGCUCGAACAGCAAUUUAAUUCUGAAGUUGCUUUGCUUUCUCGUCUCUUUCAUCCCAACAUAGUGCAGUUCAUUGCAGCUUCUAAAAGGCCACCGGUGUACUGUAUCAUCACGGAAUACAUGUCACAAGGAACUCUGAGAAUGUAUCUCAACAAGAAAGAGCCCUACUCUCUUUCAACAGAAACAAUACUGAGGUUAGCUCUCGAUAUAUCACGAGGAAUGGAGUAUCUUCAUUCACAAGGAGUGAUCCACAGAGAUCUCAAAUCAAAUAAUUUGCUUUUAAAUGACGAAAUGCGGGUUAAGGUAGCAGAUUUUGGCACAUCAUGUCUAGAAACACAAUGCAGAGAAACCAAGGGAAACAAGGGAACUUACCGCUGGAUGGCGCCCGAGAUGAUCAAGGAAAAACCGUAUGCUCGAAAAGUUGAUGUGUACAGCUUUGGGAUUGUGUUAUGGGAGCUCACUACAGCUUUGCUUCCCUUUCAAGGAAUGACACCUGUACAGGCCGCAUUUGCUGUGGCUGAGAAGAAUGAGCGGCCUCCUUUGCCAGCAAGUUGUCAGCCUGCACUCGCACACCUGAUAAAGCGUUGCUGGGCAGCAAACCCAUCAAAGCGACCAGACUUCAGUUAUAUAGUUUCUGCUUUGGAGAAGUAUGAUGAAUGUGUCAAAGACGGUCUUCCUCUUACUUCACACUCAGGGCCUGUUAACAGAAAUGUUAUCCUUGAACGCUUGAAAGGCUGUGUAUCCAUGAGCUCAUCUAUACCUGUACAUGCGUAGCUCCAUUGCAAGGCAUUGCCAUCUCUUUUAAUUCCAUAAGGUGAUUAACUAACUUGUAUAUGAUUUUCUUUCAAUCGUCUAAGGUCGUGAUCUGCUAGCGGCAUUUCAAUAAGGUCGACAGGGUACCUUUGAUUUAGUCAAAUGCAAUUGUAAAGUUUGAUUUUUUUUUUUUACCAAGUAGAAUGAAUGUGAAAAUCACGUGGAAAAGAAUGAAUAGGAUGCCGCUGUGAUAUUGAUAUUAAAUGUGAUAAGCGUCUUAGACCUCCUAAGUAGGAGCUAUGAAAUGGCUUUAUGCAAAUUGUGCUGUUAUGCUGUAGACCAUCCUCCUUGCAAGCUGGAAAACCGAUAGGUUGGAUUCUUCAAACCAAACAAGCUAAGGCGUUGUAUAAAUGAAAGAUGUUUUUAAUAUUUUACUAAUUAAGUUCACACACCAUCGUUCCUUCUCUACAGUGGUGCCUCGUGAAUUAGCAUUA